CAUGAUAUACAUGUACCUUUUCCGCCGCACAGUCGUUUCAAACCCCUUUAGCCGGUACACCGGACUCAAACCUAGUGAACUAUACAGCGUUUGGGCAUCAGAGAAGAAUCCGGAUACUGACUAGAUAGGCUGCUGGUGAGGUUUUGAAACACAGCCAGUAAAAGCACCGCUGCUACAGCAGCAUUUAUCUGACUCGCAGAGCUCCGGGCGAACCAUCUGACAUCGCAGGGUUAUUCGCUCUGAAAGACAGCAAUCAGCCAUUUUAGCCUUGCGCGCAUAUCCACGCCAAAAGAACAAAGCUUCCAUGAGGCACAAAGGCAAAAGACCGAGAGUUUUAAACAAUAAUAAAAAACCUGCUCUUUUAUUUACGCGAGUUGCCAUGUUUUCGAACUGAAUUCUAGCAUGUGCCACAUCUGACGAUCGUAGGAAUGUGGAGCAUGGGAUCACAGCAGCUCUUCACCUACAGUUCGGAAUCGUCUUGGGAGAUGACAGAUGGAUGCAUAGGGAGGAUCGAAGCCUGCCAGCCAACGUUGUAAACUCACCAUGGACCAGGGCUUCAGUUUCAGCACACUGAAGAAGUUAGCGGCCGAGCCAGAUCACACUGACGUUACUCUGCCAGCAGUCGAACGUGUGCGGGCCCUUAGCAAAAUGGGCUAUAACAUUGAAAUAAAUGAAGACAUUGCCCCAAGACGCUACUUUCGUUCUGGCGUCGAGAUGGAGCGUAUGGCAGCUGUUUAUUUAGAGGAGGGCAGUCUUGAGAAUGCCUUUGUCCUCUACAACAAGUUCAUCACUUUAUUUGUAGAGAAACUCCCCAGUCACAGGGACUAUCAGCAGUGCAACGUCCCUGAGAAGCAAGUGAUAAUGAAGAAAUUGCAGGAAGUGGCCUUUCCACGAAAGGACCAAUUGAAGAGACUUCUCCAUGAGAAAUACAGCAAAGAACACAGUGAAUAUCUAAAGAGUCAGGCUCAGGCCAUGGCUGUUGACAUGUGUAGUGAACGACUGCAAAAGAUGUCUCUGUUGGAGGAGGAACGGCAACGUGUAGCACAGCUCAGGAAGAUGCAAAUCGAGUCCGAGCAGUUCCGCUACUUCGAGGACCAACUACGUAGACAAGAGCUGGCCAGUCGCAGGGAUGAGGCUGUUCCCAAAGUGCCUGAACAAACCGACGGGUCCUGCUUAUCCCAGACCCCGAGAAACCAUGUGCGCCUUGACCCCAAUCGUAACAAACCAGCGGCUCCUGUCCCCAAACCUGCAGCCACCUUAGCAGCUGUACAAAAUCAGCGUGUCGAAGGCCUGAGGCGGGUUUUAAUCCCACGAGACCUGACUUACAGGUUCCUCCUGCUGGCUGACAGUAACACGGCAAGAGGAAUUGAGACGUGUGGAGUUCUCUGUGGAAAACUUACGCACAAUGAGUUUGUGUUGACCCAUGUGAUCGUCCCCAAGCAGUCCGCUGGCCCUGACUACUGUGACAUGGAGAACGUGGAAGAGCUGUUCAGUUAUCAGGACCAUCAUAACCUUCUGACCUUGGGCUGGAUCCAUACACACCCGACACAGACAGCCUUUCUCUCCAGUGUGGAUCUGCACACACACAGCUCCUAUCAGCUCAUGCUACCUGAGGCCAUCGCUAUUGUUUGCGCACCUAAACACAAUGACACGGGAGUGUUUCGACUCACCAGUACUGGGAUGGGAGAAGUGGCCGGAUGCAGGUUGAAAGGUUUUCACCCCCACUCUAAAGACCCUCCUCUGUUCACUGUAAGAACCCUCUGUUCCUGCUGUAAAUAUGAAAAUCAGCAGCUUUCUGUGCCUUCUGUAACAAAUGUUGACAUCAAAACAGUAAUACCUUUUAGAGAAGUGAAACACAUUUUUUUAUGUGUGUGUAUAUAUAUAUAUAUAUGUUUGCAGAUUUGCAAGCACAUUGUGGUGAAGGACGCGAAAACGACAGUUCUGGACCUCAGGUGACAGAGGAAGAGAGGAAAUAUUUCAGUAUCAGCAAACCAUUGAGAAUAUUUAUAUCUUUCUUUACUUGAAGGCUUUUUUGUAUUUAUUUAUUUUACAAAAAGGUACUGUGAAACAGAAUCCCUCAGCUACACAGUGUGCUGUGAGCAGGUUUAAUGAAGUUAUUGAGAUGUUCCAAUGGCGUUUUGUGUUUUUUAGGUCAUCAUGCGCUUUUUGUUCGUGGCCAGGUGUUUUUUAAAAAAAUGUUGUGGUCAGAUGGUACUGUCUCUUAUGAUCUGACUACGGUCUUUGUCCUCAAGGUGGCGUGCUUUAUCAAGGUAUAAUACGAGGCUGCCACAACGUGAAUUGAUUUCAGGACAUUUUAAAAGGUUUAAAAAGUGUGUGUGAUUUUUGCCUUUUGAUAUCCAGCGAUAUCACUUGCAGUUCUCGUUCUAACACAAUACACACUGAAGAAGAGAAAUUUUCUUUUUAAACCUAACUGAAUUUUCUAGUUUUGUGUAUGCUGCCAGUACAAAAAUAAAACAAGAGUAAUUUCUAGGCCUUACUACAUAUUACUAUCAUUUUUGUGGUCGGAUUGGUUGAUAAUUCUACUUUGUAUAUGCAGUCAGUUCAGAUCAUUUCAGGCUAAUGGAUUUCUGUCUUUUUUCAGCCUAAUGACGCAAUAUGAAGUUGGCCAGUGAACUGUUUUGAUUUCCAACUUAAGCAUUUUUUUUCCAGUGUGGAUCUGAUUGCAAUGGAAGUGAUGUUUGAAAUAAAUAAACAAGAUUGGGAUCUCUUAGACCACACCAAAGUUCCCGUAACAGAAUAAGCGAAGAAACCUAAGAGACAUUACCACUGUUCUCAGGGAUACAUUCCCUCAUUUUAAGGUCAUUUUAUGGUUUGAGAAGGAGACUUUUUGUCACCAGCGGAAGAUAACAUUUUACUUAUGAUGAAUUGUGAACUAAUUCAUGCAUUUCAGAAAGUGUUGAACAUAACUUGUUUUUCUUGUACAAUGCGGCAUUGGGUUGUUUCUUUUAGUGUGUGGCUGUGUGCCAGUGGCUCCACUGAGAUCGUGCUAUGAUGUUGUAGGUCUUUGUACUCAAGAGAGUACAACGAGGCUUAUGUGUCUGUACAAGCACCAUUUUUUUUCCCCUCAGCGCAUUUCUUAAUAAAAGCUAAACAUCUGCUUUCAAA